AACCAGCACCUCAACUACGCAAACCAUACGGGCUAAUUGCUCACUCGCCGUCGCCCAUCUCGGCCCAUGAACACGAUAUAGCUGAAGCCUCGACUCCCGGUGCGAUGAACGGCACACCGCAGGUUCGGAGAGGCGUGGGCGGCUUCCCUUCAACACCACACAACAACGCCAACAGGUCUCCUGGCCCACAAAGCCCAGAGGCAUCAUCGCCGCGGCCGAAUAUACGCUCGCCGCUUCCCGACCUCCCAAAAGCUCCUCCGCAGCCGAGCUCAGGCCCCCUCAUACCCUCCGACAUCCUCGAUGCCGCCCAACAGCGCUUCUACGUCUUCGCAGUCUACGUCGCCUUGUGGGCAUACAGGACAUACGACUUCUACACAUUGGCACUUGAAGAUGACGAGUCAUUAUGGCUGUGUCUAAAAUGGUGCUUCUUCGAUGUGCUGUUCAUGUUCGGCGUGCCGCUGCUGGAGAUUCCCUGGCUGGAAUGGGGCAAUGGCGCCGCUUUUCUGCUCUUUGUAUUGCAUGCCGCCGUGGAUGUGAUGCUCAUGUUCAGAAUUGGCAUUCCCGUACAGGCUUGGCUCAUGGGCUUGGUUGGGUUCUUGUGGGAUAGCGAGCUGGCCAUCAGCGAGCGGAGCGUCAAACCGGGGGCCAUCCUACACAACGCCUCCCUGAUUCUCGGAAAGCAGAUUGUCAACAUUCUGCCUGAAGGAUCCGCCAUCCUGAACCCGGAAAGACAGUCUUUUUGCCUCAGCUCGACCAUCUCUCAACUUGAGAUACCCAUCAGGAUCAACCAGACCGAACCCCACGAGAUGGAACUACUGCGCAUCGACAUCGACACAAACGUUAAUGAAACCAUCAUAGUCAAGAAGAGCGAGUUGAAGGGCAUGAUGAAGAAAGCUAAGAAGGCAGUCAAGACUACCAAUCCGGACGAUCCUUUGACUCUGACUUACACCGUCAAGAAGCCAGGUGUUUAUCUUUUGAGAAAGGUCACAGAUCAGUCGAAACUCCAGGUGCGACCGCGCUCAACCAACGCUGUUGUGACCACUUGCCCGCAAGCCCGAGUCAAGCCGACUGGUAGCAAUCGAUGCCGGAGCGAUCUAUCAAAUGUUGCGCUGGAAGUCGAAGGCACACCCCCGCUCAGUGUCAAGUACCGCCUGACAGUAAACGGAAAGCCUCGAGGUGGAUCCCAGUUUCAGAACCUGCAGCCAGAGGAUGUCAUUUCGCCUUUGUCCAGACAUACGUCACAAGCGCUGGUGAAGAACGGACGCGAGGAUAUUUCCUGGGCACGUUCGCAAAAGGUCACGGUACCAUUGAAUGAAACUCUUACCAACAGCGGUUCAUGGGAAUAUGAGAUCGAAGAAGUACAGGACGGAUUGGGCAAUUUUGUCAGCUACAUCAAUGUCGACGAUGAGGAUCGGCCGAAGCCCAAGGUUGCAGGCAUUCGUCAGAUGUUUGAGGUUCACGAGCGACCCACAGCCUUCCUCAAGGGCUGCAGCCCGCAGAAUCCUCUUCGCGUACCCAAGGGCAAUGCCGCCCGUCUACCGGUCCACUACGCAUCCACUGGGAAGAAUCCGCUUGACUCUGUGCACACAGUUGAAUAUCUUUUCACGCCCCAAGAAAAUAUCGUUGCAGAUGGCUACCAUAGCCCAGAUGCCAUCUUGCAGAAGCAGGUCAUGCGAAAGGGAGAACAACCCACCAUUUCAGCGGCAGGUCUUUAUACGAUCAAGUCUGUCUCGUCCGAGUUCUGUGAUGGCGAGGUUUUCGAGCCCACUUCGUGUCUGCUUCAGAACCCGCCUGAGCCGGAUAUGACUUUGGACAGCGAAGACAUCAUCGACAAGUGCGCUGGCAAUCCGAUUGGUCUACGUGUGGGUCUCGAUUUUGUGGGAAGCCCGCCUUUCACGCUCACCUACUACGAAAAGAAAGACAACGGAAGAGAAGUUAGAAAGUCUCCGCUACAGAUUGCCAGUCUUCGCAGCACAAUUGACCUCACCCCACAAGACGCUGGUCAUUACGAGUACAUCUUCAAGACUAUCAGCGACUCUGUUUACCCUGAAAGGCAGCUCAACAACAUUAGACUUCAGCAGGAUGUGAAGCCGUCGGCACAGGCGCACUUCAUUGAGAGUAGGAGGCCCAAGCAGGCUUGUAUCGACGAUGUGGUGGAGUUUGACGUUGGCUUUGUUGGCGAGGCCCCAUGGAAAUUGGAAUAUGAGAUUGUCCACAACGGCAAACGCACAAGGCGUUCGAUUGAAACUGAAGACGCUCACUACACCAUCCGAACCGACAAGCUCAGCAGUGGUGGGGAAUACGUUGUGGCUUUGACUAGCGUUACCGAUAAAGCCAGGUGCAAAGAAGUCCUCAAGGAGGAAGCCAGAGUCAACGUACGACAUGAACGGCCCAAGGCUUACUUUGGCCAUAUCGAAGGCAAGCAGUCAGUACUGGCAUUGGAAAGCCGACAGGUUGGACUGCCACUUCGCUUUACUGGAAACGGUCCCUGGACGCUCAAGUAUGAGAAUUUGAAGACCAGAGAAGUCAAGAGAGAGUCUUUCCAGAACCCCAACUCGUGGCUCGAUGUCACGGCCGACGGCACAUAUCAAUUGCUGUCGGUCAAGGACUCCAUCUGUCCAGGUCUGAUUGACGAGAAGGCCGAUCAAUUCGAUGUUUCUUGGGUGGCCCGCCCCUUGCUCACUGUUCCCGAGAAGACGGCCGUUCUUGAUGGAAGCAAGUAUAUCAAGGAGCCCGUGUGUGAAGGUGAUGAGGAUGCAUUCGAAGUUGCUUUGACUGGUAACCCUCCUUUCGAUGUAUCUUAUCGACAGGAGUACAAGGAUAAGAAGGGCAAGACAGCAUCCGUCAGUGAAAAGGAUAUCCACACUGCUGGCGGCUUUGCUUCGAUACGAUCCGAGACUUCAAAGGCUGGUACUUACGAGUACACGUUCAUGAAGCUUGCCGAUUCCCGUUACGACCACUCGAAGAAGCACUUCUCGCCCAUUACUAUCCAGCAAACAGUGCACUCAAGGCCGAGCGCCCGCUUCGACAAGCCCGGAAAGACGUACAGUUAUUGCUCGCGAGAGUCCGAGGGAGAGGAGGUGAUUCCCAUUACCCUGGAGGGUGUCGCGCCUUUCUACCUGGAAGUCGAGAUCAAGCACCAGGGUACGCCCAAGCCGGAGAUUAGCAUUCACAAGCACAUACCCACGAACAAGUACGACCUCAAGAUUGAGCACCGCAAGAUGCACCUCGGCCACUCGUCCAUCUCGAUCCGCAAGGUGCGCGACUCGCGUGGAUGUACGCUCAAGCCCCCAGCAGGCGGCCCUCGAGUCCAGAUCAGCGUACACGACGCUCCGACCGCCACGCCUCUGGAAGACCGCCAGGAUUUCUGUGUCGGAGAGCGCCUUUCGUUCGCGCUCAGCGGCCAAUCCCCCUUUACCGUCUACUACACCUUCGAGAAGCAAGAGCGCAAAGCCUCAAACCCAGGCACCACCUUCCGGCGUCUGGCCGAGCUGCCGGGCACCUUCACCAUCACGGGGCUCCGCGACUCGGCCUCGGAAUGCGUCGCCACGCUCGCCCUCACAAAAACCAUCCACCCCAUCCCCUCGGUGCGCCUCUCGGGCGGCCAAGUCUCCGAAGUCGACAUCCACGAGGGCGGCGGCACCGAUCUGGAAUUCCAGUUCUGGGGCACCCCGCCCUUUGAAUUCACAUAUACCCGCAGCACAAACGCUAAUAAAGGCCGCAAGAGUAAGGUCUUGGAAAUCAGGACAGAGGUUAGUCAUGAGAUGAGCAUGAGUAUUCCUGUCCAGGAAGAAGGCACGUAUGAGGUGGUCUCGAUUAAGGAUCGUUGGUGCAGUUUUGCGAGACCCGGUGAGGGCGUUGAUGCCAAGGGCGCGCAGAAAAUGUUGGCGUAUUGA